AUGGUCAUCCAAGGUGACAAGUCAGAGAGUCAGUCACGCAGGGCAGGAGAGAAAGGCAUGCUGUAUGCGGCACGGCACGGCAGGACAGAUGCGAGGGCCGUGCAGGCUGUUGAUGUCAGCCAUGGUGAGUGUGCCAAGCCCGGCCGGGUGGUGACAUUGCUGGAGGACUGCGGGGCAUGCACGUGGGGUGUAGCUUAUGAAGUUCGUGGGGAACAAAUUGCUGCAUCGCUCCAGUAUCUCAACAUGCGAGAAGCUGUCCUGGGAGGCUACGACACCAAGUUGGUAAAGUUCCACCCGCAGGAGAAAGAUGCAGAGGAACCCAUCCUAGCGCUUGUUUACAUUGCAACACCCCAGAACCCUUCUUACCUCGGCCCAGCAUCUGAAGAAGAUAUUGCAGCUCAAAUCAUUGUCUCAAGUGGUUGUGCUGGUCAUAACAUUGAGUACUUGCUGAGACUGGCAGACUUCAUGCGCUACUUUUGCCCUCAAGCAGAGGAUAAACAUCUCUUCUCCAUCGAAGAGGCUCUUAUUUCCAUCCUUCCAUGCCUGUACUACACAGAGGAAUCUCUAGAAGAAACUGCAAGCGUCCCUCAGAAGUCAGAGUUGAAAUAA